CCGCCAAGUCCACCUCCUCCUCCACCAAGCCCACCACCUACUCCUAUCUAUAAACCUCCACCAAGUCCCCCACCUACUCCACCAAGCCCACCACCCCCUCCCGUCUACAAACCUCCACCAAGCCCACCAUUCGGUCCUAUCUAAUCACCUCCACCAAGUUCACUACCACCCCCAAGCUCACCAGGGUAUGGAAGUCCUCCACCUUCUGGUUAUCAUUAAAUAAAUAAUAAAGCCACCUGUAACAACUGGAGUUGUAUCAAUUGUAUUAUGUAUUUCUCAAAAAAUUGUAAUAGAAAGUGGAAUAAUCCAACAGUGAUGUGCUUUUACGCCUUUGUUUCUCCUA